UUUGAUUUAGUUUGGUGUGAAUUGUUCCGUAGUAUGGUACUGCGCUCAAACGUUUGUUCGUUCGCCCGUUUAUCUCGUUUCUUUUUUUUGAAAAGACAACAUUAAUUUAUUUUCUUCGCUGCAUCGCAAAGAUUUUUCUUUAAAGGAAUGAAGGAUAUCUCGUGAUACACAAAAAGAAUAUCAUGCCAACAUAAAGUACAACAUAUUUCCUGAAUUUAUAUUUAAAAAAAAAAGUAUAAAUUUAUAAGACUCAUUUAACGGUUCGGUUCGGUAUUGAAUUUAAUUUGAGGCAAAUGUGAUAUUUGAAUUAAAAAAAAAAAACUGUAAUAAGUGAAUUCAUGAACAAAAUUGGAAAAAAACGAUUUUUCUGUAAACAAAAUAAACCAAUAUCUUUAAAUCGAAAAGAGAUUGGUUAUUUAAGUGCAAAAGCCAAUUAGAAAUAGUGUAAAGUUAAUUUUUUUCGUGGAAAAUAUUUUUAUCAAAAAUAGCGUUAAAAACUAAAAGAAAAAUGUUGCCAGAGACACAGUGCAACGAAGCGUUGGUGGUGAAAGGAGCCACGGAUUUUUCAAUCGCUGCUAUCAUGGGCAGACAGUCGGUCUGCAUGGAUUCACCGGAUAAAAGCUCAAGUCCAUUGUCAAUUGGCGGUGGUUACCAAGAUGAUGUGGAUGAUGUCGAGGAGGAUGAUGAUGAUGCCAUAAUCGAUGUUGAAGAUUAUAAAAUUCCGCCGAUCACAGUUAACACGACCAUUUCAUCAACACAAACCUCUAGCAGCAGCUUAUCACAAUCGGCGCAUAACAACAACAACAAUAACAACGGAAAUGGAUCAUCAACAUUGACAAAGAACCGCAUUGGACGACCCACAAAAUCAUCACUAUCUUCACCAGUAUCGUCAACAGCCAGCGAUGAUGAACGUCUAUCUCCCGAUUCAGUUAAGACACGCCCAACACUUUUAGGCUCUUGUAACUGUGAUGAAUUGAAACCAAUCCAGUGUCAUUUGGAAACAAAAGAUUUAUGGGAAAAAUUUCAUGAAUUGGGCACCGAAAUGAUCAUCACAAAAACCGGAAGACGAAUGUUUCCAACCGUUCGUGUCUCGUUCUCGGGCUUAAUGCGACCAGCCAAACCAACCGAUUUCUAUGCGGUACUCUUGGAUAUUGUUCCAGUUGAUUCGCGUCGUUAUCGCUACGCUUAUCAUCGAUCAGCUUGGUUAGUAGCUGGAAAAGCUGAUCCACCACCUCCACCACGUCUUCAUGCUCAUCCAGACACACCGUUCACAUUUGAGGCACUCACCAAACAGGUGAUCUCCUUCGAAAAGGCUAAACUCACAAAUAACGAAAUGGAUCGAAAUGGUCAAGUCGUGUUGAAUUCAAUGCAUAGAUAUCAGCCGCGCAUUCAUUUAGUGCAACUAAAAUCUGGACAAAAGAUACCAACAACACCAGCCGAACUACAAGACUUAAAACACAAAACAUUUGUAUUUCCGUCAACUGUGUUCACAGCGGUCACAGCAUACCAAAAUCAAUUAAUCACCAAAUUGAAAAUCGAUUCGAAUCCAUUCGCCAAAGGUUUUCGUGACUCCUCAGAUUUUGGAAGGUACGAAGAUCCAAUUGAUGCGCUAUUGCUUGAACAGCAUAUGAAUGCGCCAUUCCGACCAUAUGGUGAUAAUUCAUUGUCACAAUUAGUAGCUCAGGAUGCGAUGGCGUUUGUUGAACGGGCCAAACAGCAUUUACAAAUGUUUGGCAAUAAUCCGAAUGCAGCAGCAGCGGCGGCUGCCUAUCAAGAGUCAAUAUUACCUCAGUUAUACCAACGACAGAAUUUAAAUAUGGGCUUGUGGCAAGGCUUUUGGCCACAGCAUAUACCACCAAAUUUCUUGUCCGGCAUUGCUGGUGUAUCGCAACCACCAACAGCGCCAUCCGGUGUCGUUGUACCGGGCACAGCAAAACCAUCUAUAUCACCAAGCGGUUCACAAACAACAACAUCGCCAACACCAUCGAUUGUUUCGGCCGCUUCAAUGGUUGACAUGAGAGAAAAAUACUUCAAACGAUUUAGCCCUUAUCAAAUACCACAGCCGCAUCCUUCAUCAAAUAGCCCACCAAAUUAGUUGUGUUAGUCGAGUUUGAAAGGUUCACAUUUUUAUUUAAUGUUUCGUUUACAGCGAAAUUGAUGCGACGAAGCGAGAACAUUUUCAAAGAAAAAUAAAAUUGCAUUUUUCCUCUCGUUCGUUGAAAUUAAAUCUCAUGCAAUGCAAAUUUACCUAAUAAUUUUCAAAAGCUAAAAAAAACUAAACAAGAAAAAAAACAACUAUUAGUGUUACAUGUAUAGUUAAGUUCAUAGAUCAUAGAGACAUUAUAUUUAGAUUGAGAAUUAAAACAAAAAAAAACACACAAUAAAAGAAAAGUAGCAAAAAACAGGCGACUAGCAAAACCCAUUGAUUUGAUUUUAAGUGAGAAAGGCAAAUUAAUGAAAGAUAAUCAACUGAAUCAACUUUUGUCUUGGUGCAAAUCUUUAAUAUGUUUCAUUCAUUCAAAUUUUCUUUCAUUCGUUUCCUUCUUAUUCGUGCAGUUUAAUCCAUAGUUGGUUAGCUCGAUUGCCAGGACAUACACACACACACACGCACGGCGCAUUUUGUGUGUGUGUGUUGUUUGUAAACGAUAAGUUUUAUGUUCAAAUAUUUAUAGCGUUCUUCUAAUUUGUAAUUAUUUUUUUAAAAAAAAACUAAGAUUUAUUAUUAUUUAUGUUUUAGUAAAAUCUGUGAUUUAAAUACAACAAAACUAAAAAGUAUUUGAUUUUCUUUCCUUCUUAAUUAUGUAUUCUGAGUUUAUUUUCAUUGAUCUGUGUAACCUUGAGAAUACUUAUGUUUAUAACAUGUCAUUUCUUUCUCUUUUUCUGAGUUGUUUUUUUUUCGAUUUGGAAAUUCUGUAAAUAAGAAUCCUGUGUACAAUUUAAUUCGAUUCCUUUGAUGAUUAUUAGCUUCAUGUUACAUUUAUUGGCUUUAGGAAAACAUUUACGUAGAAUGACAAAUUCAAAUGAAAAUAAACAUAGAAAUUCUGCAGUCUCUUGUGUAUAAAAUUUAAUAAAGAAAACACCGCGUUUCAUACGAUUUGAUGUUCGUGCUUGAAUCUUUCAUCGUUCAUUUUAUCAAUUUAUGUCAUAUAAUCAAAGAAAUGAAACACAGCUCUAAAAACCCCAACUGAAUGACAUAGAAUCACUAAAUAAUACUCAAGUGGAAUCAUUAUUAUAAUAAAAAAUUAUUUAAAAAAAAGCGAAACGAAAGCAAAAGAAAUAACACUCAUUGGAUUGUAUAGAAUUGAAUGAGGAGAAAAAGAAAUCCAUGU